AUGUCGUUUCAGGUUUCGGCAAAUCCAUCUUCUUCUCCGAGUAAAGGGAGAAGUGGCGGGGUUGAACGCCCGUUGGCCGAAUAUCAUGAGAGCGUAUGGGGCGAUCAUUUUAUCAAAUACGCUUCCCCCUCCUACUCAACGAAGUUCAAAUUCCUCGGAAGAGUGGAGGAACAAGUUGAGGAAUUGAAAGGAGAGGUGAGAAAGAUGGUGACUAAUGCCAUGUAUAAGCCUUCACAAAUGCUUCACUUGAUUGAUCAAAUUCAACGCUUGGGAAUUGACUACCAUUUUGAACGAGAAAUAGAUGAGCAACUAGAAGGAAUCCAGAAAAGUUACUCACAACUUGACCAUGGAGAUUUUAAGGGAGAUGACCUUCACAUGGUUGCUCUUAUGUUUCAAUUGAUGCGACAACAAGGUUUCAAUAUUUCAUCAGAGGUUUUUAACAAUUUUAAGGACAAUGAAGGCAACUUCAAGAAAUCACUCAUCACAGAUGUGCCCGGAUUGCUAAGUCUAUAUGAAGCUUGUCAUUUAAGGUGCCAUGGCGAUGCUAUUUUGGAAGAAGCACUUCCUUUUGCUAUAACUCACCUUGAGUCAAUUGAUGAAAUGAAAGUAAGCACUAGUCUCGCGAAACAAGUGAGUCAUGCCCUAAAGCAGCCACUUCGCAAAGGUUUGCCGAGACUUGAGGCAAGGUGUUAUAUUAUACUCUACCAAGAAAAGCCUUCACAUGACGAGGUAUUGCUCACCUUGGCUAAACUAGAUUUCAACUUACUGCAAGAGCAACACCAGAAGGAACUCGGCGGGAUUACAAGGUGGUGGAAGAAUAUAGAUGUUGCAAGGAAGUUCCCAUUUGCUAGAGACAGGAUUGCGGAGUUGUUCUUCUGGAUGGUGGGAGCAUAUUUCCAACCGGAGUUUGCAAUGGCCAGAAAUAUACUUACCAGAGUGACUGGACUAAUUUCCAUUCUCGAAGAUAUUUAUGAUGCUUAUGGCACAUUGGAGGAACUUGGACCCUACACCGAAGCAAUUGAGAAGUACGUCAUCCGCAUUCUUUUUCUCGAACUUCUGAAUUUGAUCAAGUAUGUGUAG